AUGGUUCUGACGUUCCAGCAUCCCAGACGUUUACAGCCCACUUGUCAGGAAGAGUCCCUUAGCUUCAUGCACCCAAUGAAGCAGGCAUGCUGUGGCGGAACAGCACCUAAUUGGCUGGGGGCUGCCCAGCUUGAGGCGGGCGGUAGCUGUCCAAUAGCUUACGUGACUGAGGUCAGGCUUUGCGGAGGACGAGGAUCCUGGGGUGUUGUGUCGCCCUCCUGCCCUGAGGUGGACCUGGAAGUCAUUGAGGAAUACCUGCAGGAGCAUUCGCUGGAGGUCCAGCCUGCACACACACACACCUCACCUCUGACCAACGACAUGCAGCAUUUGCACUCUCAGCACAGCACCUGGAUCAUAGAAAAUAACUGGUCUGGUCACUAUGCUUACGAGUGGCACUGGGGAGCUCACACAUCGAAUAAAGAAUGUGAGCCACAAGCCACCCCACCAGCCUGGUUGUGUCCCCACCAGAACCAGUGGAAUCAGGUUGCAUAUCCCGCGUGCAUCGACUCAGACUCUCAGUCUAGUAGCUCCCAGUACAAAGAAUACCAGGAUGCUCCUUCUCCAUCCUCUGAUGGUGAAGGCAGACAGAACCAAGACUCUUUGCUUCUUUCGCCCAUCUCAGGAAAGCGGAAGGAGCGCUUGUUCCAGUUCCUGUUUGAGAUGCUCCAAACGCCGUCGAUGCGAAGUUGCAUCUGGUGGGUCCAGUCAUCAGUUGGCACCUUUCAGUUUUCCUCCCAAAACAAAGAGCACCUGGCAGAGAUUUGGGGCCGCCGAAAGGGGAACCGCAAGACGAUGACGUACCAAAAAAUGGCGCGAGCGCUGAGGAAUUACUCCCGCACAGGCGAGAUCCAGAAGGUGAAGAGGAAAUUGACGUAUCGGUUUGAUGAGAAGACCCUGAGAGGCCUGCAAGCAGACUUAAAUACAGAAUAGGAAGCUGCAUGACGGAGUACAGUCAUGACUGUAAAUGAUGUGUGGCACACCCUAUGGAUUGUGCUGAAAAUACUUUGGACAUGAUAUCAUGUAAUAGACAUAUUAUCAAAGUUUAUAAUCAUUAGACAAAUGGUCGAUAACUGUGAGCAAUUCGUGUCCCCAGCAAAGAUGAUUUGGUUGAAGUUAUUUAACUAAUUGUGCAUACAUGCUUCUUAGAUAGUGUUCCACAAAGGUUGGUAUUGAGUCCCAAAAUGUUUAUUAAGUACAUCGAUUACAUGUGUAAGGUAUCAGAUACUUUAAAUGUGUGGAUUGUUAAGCUGUGUGAGAAAUUUCAGGUCAAUUUAUGGGGUCAAAUUUUGGGGUUUAAUAGAGUGCUUCGGAUUUUUCAACAUUUACCAGAAUGCAUUGCCGGUGGCCAUAUUGGUAGGCUUUGUUUGUAAACAUGCUCAAUAUUGCUGAUCAUUCAUCCAGUGAUACUCAUAAUGCCGACAACGUGUGCGAUUGUCAACUGACACAAUCAAAGUGGGAGAGGUUUUACUAGCAUUUAGCAAAUUCCUUAGCGUGUACCUGGACAUAGGGAAGCGGCUGAAUAGAAGAGUGAACGGCGAAGGCGAGCAUGGAUUGUUGCAAUCAAUCGAUCAGAUGUCACGUUCUAUGUACAACUUUGUGUUUGUUCGGAUCAUUUCAUUUCAGGUAAUUUAGAACAUUUUGUAAAUAGAAAUUAAUCUACAAUAAAUGACAGCCCCUAUUUGCAUUAACUUGAUGUGCUUGGUCGAAGAACUUUGAUAGCAGUUAUAUACAGUAGAUAAUGGAUACUGUACUCACUUCUCUCAUCCGGAC